AAGGGAGGGAGUGCUCACUAUUGUAGAUGUAAAAUCUCGUAAGGUCGAAUCCCACGUUGUAAAUUUUGUAAAGCAACAACAAAACGGAGGAUCAUCAAAAGUGUACGGUACAUACUCCUAUGUGCAGUCCUCUAGUAAGUAACGUUGAGCUGCUUCAGUGUUUGAACAGUCAAAGCGCUCAGCUGUACAAUCCUCUGGUGCCAUCUCGAAUUAUUGUCCGGCUUCUUUCCGUUUUGGGAUGCUCUGCUGGUCCGCAAUGGCCGCCAUGGCUCCUUUUGCGUUCCUCUUUUCCCACUUUUUCACCGUCUAACCAACACUCUGCGGGCAGAAAUAACAAUGGAGGGAGGGGUGAGCUGCGGCAAGAGCGUGAGUGGGGAGGAGGAGGAGGGGGAGCCGGAGUGGGAGGAGGGACAGGCGCUGAUGAUGACGGCGACGCAGGACGGAGGCGAAGGAGGGGGUGCCGUGGUGUCUCCGGCCGCGGCGGAGGCCAUGGCGCCGCCGGCGCAGAUCGACGUGAGGAUGGACGUGGUGCUGCUCCACUGCCAGGCCUGCCUCCUCCCCCUCAAGCCCCCCGUGUUCAAGUGCGAGGCCGCCGGGCACGUGGUGUGCUGCUUCUGCCGCGCGGGCCACGCCGCGCUCUGCAGCCGCGCCACCGCCCACUGCGGCGAGCUGGACGCCGUGGUCGGCGCCGCCAAGGUGCCCUGCCCCUACAAGGCGUUCGGCUGCGAGCGCUACGUGGUGUACCACGACGCGGCGGGCCACGAGCGCGCGUGCCAGUGGGCGCCCUGCUCCUGCCCCGAGCACGGCUGCGCCUUCGUCGGCUCCCGCGCCAUGCUGCUCGGCCACUUCGCCGCCGCCCACCAGCGCCCCGCCGUCACCAUCCGCUACGGCCGGGCCUGGAACCUCGGCCUCUCCCUGUCGCACCGCUGGCACGCGCUCGUCGGGGACGAGGACCGCAGCGUCUUCCUCGUCUCCCUCGGCCCGCUCGGCGCGGCCACCGCCGUGUCGCUGCUCUGCGUCAGGCCGGACGGCGAGGCGGCGCCCCAGUUCCGGUGCAAGCUCUCCGUGGAGCGCCCGGCGGGCGACGGCAAGGACAACGUGGUCCUCAUGGCCUCGGCCGUGAGCAACAGCGCGCUGUCCACCGGCGCGCCGGCGCCGGGGCAGGGGAUGUUCUUGGCGGUGCCCCAGGAGCUGCUGUCCGGCGACACGCUCACGCUCAGCCUCCGCAUUGACCUGAUCCGACCCGCCGCCGGCGCCGCUCCCAAGUCCGCCACACCACUGGCCAGGACGCCGAGGAGGAUGCAGUGAGUCAAGUACUAUGCGUUUGAUUGAUUGUCUGCACCACUGGUUAGCUUGUUCUGUCUUCUGAUGGUUAAUAACUCACUUGUUUGAUGCAGUAGCAGUAGUGGUAUGAUGAACAGUUCAAUUCGGUAUUGUUAAGCUAUGCAUGAUCAGUAUAUGAGUGUGUGAGAGACUAUGAAUUGUGUGGGCUUGUUAAGCUACAUGGCUUCUCAUAAGUAGCAAUGCAGCUAAACAAGGGUAGGCAUGUUCUAAAAUCUGAACAAAUGGCACAAGUACUACUGGUAAUGCAGCUACUGGUUUGUAGUA